UGGAAAAAGACCGGUAGUUGGUCGUGAAAAAACGCUCCUGAAUGCUUUUGACAUUGACAUUUCACACAAAAGAAAAGGUCGUACAGAUUCUGUUCUACAAUAAUGAUUUUUUGAUAAUAUCCUUUGAGAUUAGUUAGAAGUUUAUAAUUUAGUUAUAGAAAUGGUUACUAUAAUAAAGAACCAAUUAUUGAAACAUCUCUCAAGGUUUACAAAGAAUCUAUCACCCGAGCAGAUAUCCCUAUCAGCACUCCGAGGCUCCGGAGAGCUGCAAGACCUGACCCUCGACGAGGAUCUGCUGACAGACUUGCUGGAGUUGCCAGGAUGGCUCCGACUGACAUCAGCAUCCUGCAACAAAGCUACCUUCCGGAUACAAUGGACGAAGCUAAAGACGGUGCCUAUUGUGUUGAAACUAGAUGAGGUCCGGAUAGCCUUAGAAGUAUGUACGGAACCCAGAGUAGUGAACCCCGGCGCUGCGGGUGCUAUGCCCGCCGCCGGCAAAUACAGCUACAUUCAUAAGGUUAUAGACGGAAUCUCAGUGGUUGUGAAUCAAGUGCAAAUAGACUUCGCGUGUGACGCGUUCACGAGCAACGUGCAGAUAUCCAGGGUGACGGUAGAAUCGAGGACGCCUGAGGGUCGGCGGGGAGAUCUAAGACUGACUAGAAUCAAGAACCCUGACACUGGACAACUUUUAAUAUUUAAGGAGCUAGAAUGGCAGAGCGCUCGGAUAGAAGCGAAACCCCACGGAGCGUCCGCGAAUUUACCACCACUGAGACUGUUACUAGGCAACACACACUGCCGAAUUGUGAUCAAAAAGAGGCUGGCGGAUUGUGCGGUGAUCGGUUCUCGCCUAGCGAUCAGACCCGAGCCGGUGGCGUGGGCGCUAACGGACGGUCAGCUCCGCGCGAUGUUAGCUUGCGCCGCGGCUUUGGCUGAGCCCGUGAAGCGAGCCACCGCCGCUGCCACCAGGGCCAAGGCUGCCAGAAAGGUAGAAGAGCCGCUGGAACAGAUCCACAGCCGCUCGUCGUCGAGCGAGCACGACAUCCUCGCGCGAAUGUUCGCCAAGCACGACGUUCGAGAAACCUCCUACCAUCUGCUGGCGCCGCGGGUAGACCUGCAUCUGUGUGACGAUCCCGGCUUGGGCCGCUCAGAACAUCCGUCCCUCUUUAACGGCGGCGCGCUGCAAGUUACUCUAGUGAGCAUGCAAGCCGACCUGUUCCCUUACCACAGAGCUUCCAAUGAUCGAAGACAUUGGCGGGGAUACCGGGAAGCCGCCACGCCCCACACCCAGUGGUUAUCGCAAGCCUUAUCGUCGUUUUGUGGGUCACUAUUGGACCUUUUGGACCCGAGACCCUUAACGCCUAGUAAUAAGCCCAGUCAAGUGGAGAAGAAGAACGAAGAACCCGUGUCAAACGACUUCAGUCACAAACCGACGCCCACACAAACUAGUGCUUCCACCGCUCCGUCCGCCAACACUACCUCACAAGCAUCUCCUACUAGAACGAAGAUACUUCAGCAGUUGGGCAAGUUGAUGACCACGUGCCUCGUACUUAGGAUAGACGAUUUUACUGUUUACAAGGUGUCUACAAAAUCCCGAGAGACGCCACGCCCCCUGGUGUGCGCAGAGAAGUCCACAAUGCCGGGCGACGCAGGGUUGCUACACGCCGAACUGACACACUUCUACUAUCCUGGAGACGUUAACUUUCCUGUUCCCGCCCCUAAGCUGUACGUCCAACUGAGCCCCGUGCGCGUGAACGUGGACGUCGCCAGCGCCGUGUGGCUCGGCGCCUUCCUGCCGCACGUGGCCAGGGCUGCCAGCGCGGCCGCCACCGCCGUCGGGGCUCCCAUAGAUACCACGGCGGGAGCCCCCGGAGCUGGUGGAACCGCUUACUACGAUGUCCGAGCUGAAGCCAUAAUGCCUAAGAUAGUGCUAGAGGCGGGACCGGAACACAUCCCUCAACAACGCGACCGGCCUAAAGAGCUGCACAUAUGCACCGCCAGAGCCAUGCUCACCAACGUACGAGAAUCGCCAAGAACCAACACGGCGGGCACGCGCGCGGACCUGGCGUCCAUCCUGGCGGCGCUGCGGAGGCUGGCGCCGCCGCGCGACCAGUUCCCGUGCGCCGAGGGAGACUUGGAUCCCAUACAUGAACAGUUCGUGCUGCACGCUGAAAAUCUCGAUGACAUAGAUCGCGGAACAGCAGUGUCUCCGGAGCUGCUCUGGCGGGAGAACAGGAGUAUCUGGUGCGCUAGAGUGGAGCCGCUGUGGGCGGACCUAUGCGGCGCGCGCGCAACCAGCCACAAGCCGGCGCCGCUGCUCGACGCCUGCCCGCUCACCGCCUGGCUAUGCUUCAACGAGGACUUCACCCGCAUCUGGGCAGUAGCUCGCACCACCGGACUUGCCGGACUGCAACUAAACCACUACCAAAUGCUGUUUCUACUGCGCCAACUUGAACGGGUCUCGGAAAUGACCGCUUGGCUAGCACACGAUGCUGCGAGGCAACCUGAUGCUAGUUCAGGAUCAAUAGUUGUAGGUGUGGUCGUGCCGGCAGUGGAGCUGACGCUGGUUCUGCCCUCGACCUGCCCUGGACAAGAGUCUUCCAGAGACCUGGACAGUGUGCCUUUGGAUUCUUCCAGCCUUCAGGACAUGAAAAUGGGAUCUGACGCGACAAUGGCGCCAUCUACACUAAUCGGCGAUAGCGGCAUCAUCAGCAGCACACAGCCGGUGGAGAUAUGCUCUGCGCAACCACUUCCCGCCGAGGAAAUGCCACCACCCAGUCCAGGCCUUAGUUUUGGAGGUUUCUCAUCAAUGCGUCGCGGACUGACGUCGCUAGUGACAUCUAUCGACAGCGCGUGGACGCGCGACGACGCGCGCAGCGACGCGGCAUCCACGGCAUCUUCCGACAGCGAGCGUUAUGUCGUCGUGGGCUUGGCUUGCGAGUCUCCUCUCGACGCGGACAUGGCAUUCAGAGAGUUUGAACACGGGCGUAUGUCGACGACCGGUGUAGAGGUCGCGGCGGAAGUUUUGGAGCGCUCCUCCUCGCCCAGCGACCAUUCUGUUACCAGUUCCUGUCGUCGGCGAGAUGUGAUAUCAACGUGCACGUGGCGCUUACACGACAUCCAUCUUGUGCACCAGAGCGCCGCGGGCGCGUCGCGCAUGCGCCUCGCCGCCGACGACCUGCGCACCGACGAGUGCGCCGCCAUACCCUGGGACGAGUUCCAGAACAAAUUCUCGACGCGCGCGCGGGCCUGGGCCGAGCCGGCGGUCGGCGAGUGCGAUCUGAAGCCUAGAGAUACUCCAAAGGUAGCCGCCAGGAUGACCAGGUCCGAACUGCCAAGGGUUCCUGAUGAAAACGGUGUAACAUCAGGGCUGGCCCCAUUCGAGGAACUGCUAGAAGCGCGCGUUCGAGAACUGAGCAUAGCCCUUAACAUGAGCACAGCCCUGGCGCUCGCCGAGUUUAUUGAAGACGAGGUGCUCGUUCCGCCUAUGCCUUUGGAAGUAUUAAUAGAGAACGUGAAACUCCACCUAAUAGAAGACCGUCCCACUCGCUCAAUCUCCUCCCCUCCCCCCCAACCCCUCGACAUCUCCCUAACCACCCUCCGCCUCACCCGCGACCAGGACGGCAUACUCCGACUCGGCCCUCCCGAACACAACCCGUCCCCGUCCACACCGCACCAACCGGAACUGGAGGAGGCGAGAGGGAAGAUUUACAGCUUGAGCAGAGAAAAUGAGGAGUUGAGAAAAAGGCUGAUGACUUUGGCGAGGAUUGCGGAGGAUAAUAGAGAUUUGAGAGCUAAAGCGGAAGAGGUGUCGGUGUUGCGUCAGUGCGUGCACACAGCCCAGCAGGAAGUGUCCAACCUGCUGGCCGACAAGCAGGAGUUGAUAGAGGCCGUGCGAGUCUUGCAGUGCGUGCACACGGCCCAGCAGGAGGUGUCUAACCUGCUGGCCGACAAGCAGGAGCUGAUAGAGGCCGUGCGAGUCUUGCAGUGCGUGCACACGGCCCAGCAGGAGGUGUCUAACCUGCUGGCCGACAAGCAGGAGUUAAUAGAGGCCGUGCGAGUCUUGCAGUGCAUGCACACAGCCCAGCAGGAGGUGUCCAGCCUGCUGGCCGACAAGCAGGAGUUGAUAGAGGCCGUGCGAGUCUUGCAGUGCGUGCACACAGCCCAGCAGGAGGUGUCUAACCUGCUGGCCGACAAGCAGGAGUUAAUAGAGGCCGUGCGAGUCUUGCAGUGCGUGCACACAGCCCAGCAGGAGGUGUCUAACCUGCUGGCCGACAAGCAGGAGUUGAUAGAGGCCGUGCGAGUCUUGCAGUGCGUGCACACGGCCCAGCAGGAGGUGUCUAACCUGCUGGCCGACAAGCAGGAGUUAAUAGAGGCCGUGCGAGUCUUGCAGUGCGUGCACACAGCCCAGCAGGAGGUGUCUAACCUGCUGGCCGACAAGCAGGAGUUGAUAGAGGCCGUGCGAGUCUUGCAGUGCGUGCACACAGCCCAGCAGGAGGUGUCUAACCUGCUGGCCGACAAGCAGGAGUUGAUAGAGGCCGUGCGAGUCUUGCAGUGCGUGCACACGGCCCAGCAGGAGGUGUCUAACCUGCUGGCCGACAAGCAGGAGUUAAUAGAGGCCGUGCGAGUCUUGCAGUGCGUGCACACAGCCCAGCAGGAGGUGUCUAACCUGCUGGCCGACAAGCAGGAGUUGAUAGAGGCCGUGCGAGUCUUGCAGUGCGUGCACACAGCCCAGCAGGAGGUGUCUAACCUGCUGGCCGACAAGCAGGAGUUAAUAGAGGCCGUGCGAGUCUUGCAGUGCGUGCACACAGCCCAGCAGGAGGUGUCUAACCUGCUGGCCGACAAGCAGGAGUUGAUAGAGGCCGUGCGAGUCUUGCAGUGCGUGCACACGGCCCAGCAGGAGGUGUCUAACCUGCUGGCCGACAAGCAGGAGUUAAUAGAGGCCGUGCGAGUCUUGCAGUGCGUGCACACAGCCCAGCAGGAGGUGUCCAGCCUGCUGGCCGACAAGCAGGAGCUGAUAGAGGCCGUGCGAGUCUUGCAGUGCGUGCACACAGCCCAGCAGGAGGUGUCCAGCCUGCUGGCCGACAAGCAGGAGUUGAUAGAGGCCGUGCGAGUCUUGCAGUGCGUGCACACAGCCCAGCAGGAGGUGUCUAACCUGCUGGCCGACAAGCAGGAGUUAAUAGAGGCCGUGCGAGUCUUGCAGUGCGUGCACACAGCCCAGCAGGAGGUGUCUAACCUGCUGGCCGACAAGCAGGAGUUGAUAGAGGCCGUGCGAGUCUUGCAGUGCGUGCACACAGCCCAGCAGGAGGUGUCUAACCUGCUGGCCGACAAGCAGGAGUUGAUAGAGGCCGUGCGAGUCUUGCAGAGCAAAUGCCAUAAAAGGGUCACAAUUCAGCAUGUAGCUGACAAGCCAGCGCUGUUCUUCCGUUGUGACCCAGGCGUACGCCGAGCAACUGGGGGUGCGUGGGAAGAGGUAGCGCUCCCGCGGCCGCGCCGGCGGCGACUCAUGCAGCCUCGACUGCACGCACUGCUGCGGCGACGCCUAGCCACGCGACACGGGGACUGCUCACGCGAAACGGGGACUGCUCACGCGAGACGGGGACUGCUCACGCGAGACGGGGACUGCACACACGAGACGGGGACUGCUCACGCGAGACGGGGACUGCUCACACGAGACGGGGACUGCUCACACGAGACGGGGACCGCACACACGAGACGGGGACUGCUCACGCGGGACGAGGACUGCACACGCCAGACGGGGACUGCUCACACGAGACGGGGACUGCUCACACGAGACGGGGACUGCUCACGCGGGACGAGGACUGCACACGCCAGACGGGGACUGCUCACACGAGACGGGGACUGCUCACACGAGACGGGGACUGCUCACACGAGACGGGGACUGCUCACACGAGAUGGGGACUGCACACACGAGACUGAAUAUUGUCACCACAAAUGCAACGGGUUUAGAUUCACAGGACUUCUACAUAAGCCGGCCUCUGUGUUAGGGGGCGUUUAA